AUGGCCAAACCCGACUACGAGCUGGACGCGGCCGCUGUGGCACGCAAAACGAUCGAAGCAGAAAUCCACAUCCAUGCAAGCGCCAUAUCCACGCUCCAAACGCGCUACAACGCUCUAUCUCCAGCAGUCAAGCUCCCUCCCGAGCUUUUGUCGGAAAUAUUCACGCAUAUCGCCGCCGACUGCUACAACGAAAGAAAGACAAACUCGACCAGCCCGGUGUACAAGUGGAUCACUCUCGGACACGUGUGUCGAGUCUGGCGUAAUGUCGCACUGAACACACCACGCCUUUGGAGCCGAAUCGUCUUCACUCGCAAGACCGAGAUCAUAGAAACAAUGUUCUCGCGCUCAAAGAAAGCCCCGCUGUGGGUCUCGGCCGCUAUUGCCCCGCGCGACAGUCGCCUUGGAUUUUUGGAGAAGAUCAUGGUUGAGUCAAGUCGAUUGAAGGAGAUCCAACUCCUAGGGCCGGCACGCUCUCUGCAAAUCAUGGCGACGAAAUGGUCUGAGCCCGCAGAUCUCCUGGAGUCAUUGUCACUAUCAGAUUCUUGCUCCGCGGAAUUCGGUCACUUUCCACUCUCGGACGGAGGAGUCCUCCCAACUCUCUUUUCCAGCGAGACGCCACAUCUUCGGAGGCUCAAGAUCAAGUGGCUGUCUAUCGCGUGGACCAACCCACUCUUCUGCCCUACCCUCACCAAUCUCACGGUCAUCAGCCGAUCCGACAGCUCCUUCUGUCUCGGCUCUUUCUCCCAACUCCUCCAGACCCUCGAAACCCUCACAUGUCUCCGAUCCCUUGAACUCAACAAAUCCAUUCCUCGUCUUCCUGACGAAGAGCUCUCCGUCCCUGAUACGUGGCGGUCCCCAGUCGAUCUUCCCUGUCUCCAGUCCCUUACACUGAAUGCCGAUGCUCUCGACUGCGCCAACCUCCUCCAACAUCUUACUUUCCCCUCCGACGCCCGCCUUUCCGUCACCGCCCGCGGCGAGCGCGGCACCGAGGACCUCGCGCGCAUCUUCGGCAACCAAGUCGCACGUGGCGCUCCGCUCCGCCGCGUCGUCUUCGCCCCGAUCUAUUCCCGGCAGCUCCUCUGGGCGUUCGGACGCUCGAUUGGAGCCGACGCCGACACGGAACAAUGGGACGCGGAGCUCUGCGUGGACGCGUACGGGCACUCGCGCGCGCUCGGGGCGCUCACUGGGCACGCGCCGUUCCUGCGCGCGGUGGAGCACGUCGAGGCGCUGUGGACGUACGGCAGCUGGGAGUGGCGGACGCUGUUCGAGCGCGCGCCCGCGCUGCGCUCGCUCGCGCUCACCGGGCACCCGGGCAAGCAGUUCUUCGACGCGCUCACACUCGCCAGAGGGGGUGAAGAGGGGGUGGGCGGUGGGGAGGAGCUUGAGGAGGGGGACUGGACGCCGGCGGUGCCGCACCUCGCGGAGAUCUCGAUGGUGCAGAUGCGCUUCCCGUGCCGGUUGCACGACCACGAAUACAGUGAGGGCACGGUGGACUUCCUCGAGUCGAUGCUCGACUGGCUCAUGCUCCGCUGCGAGAAUGGGAUCCCGCUGCAGCGGCUCCGGCUCACAAAUUGCGUCAACGUCACGGAGGAGGUGGUCGGGAUGGUUGAGGAGAUCGUACCGGACGUGGUGUGGGAUGAACACGAACAGGCGGCAUGCUACUCGGACGAGGUCUUGGACGUCAUCGACCUCGACGACGACGACGAUUCCUCAUUCGACGAUGGUGAGAUGAUGGACAUCUUCCCAUGGAUUCCGCACAUGUUGGAUGACGAACUGCCAGAGAACGACCUGGAUGACCUGGACGGAUACGAGGACGAUUGGGGGUUCUGGUGA